AUGUCAGGCAUUCGUAACAACUGGGAUGAAAUUGUGGUGGGUAGAGAGCAUCGAGCCACCACCUUAGAGUGCAUCCAUACGGAAGUGAGGGCCGGCGUGAAAAUCAUCUGGAUGGCCAAAGCCUUCGGUGCGGACGACUGGAAACUGGUCCUCUCUGCCAGUGAGCUGGAGGAGUUCUCAGGCAGUGCCGCUAAGCCUUCCAUGCGCCUGGCUGACCCCAACUUUCUAGACACGGGCAAUUUCUCGCUGCUCCUUCAACCCUUCUUGGAUGACGCUGGCUUCUACAUGUGCUUGAUAGAGCAGGUCGGGAAGAAAAUCAAGGAGAAGAUCAUCCUUUUAGCUAUCAUCACCGUCUCCAGCAUCCCUGCAUCACCUAUCCCUCGGAAGAGCACCCUGCGUCUGAUGGCCAACAUCAUACCAGAGGUCAUCACCAGCGUUAUCUCUUGGGAAUCACCAGACCGCACCUCUUUAAAGACCGUGUUGAAGCCCAACUCGGGGUUUGUGACCAAACUUCCCCAGGUCACGGACAACGAUGCCGGCUCUUACAAGUGUACGGUUCAUCUCCAUGGGAUGGACAACGCCACAAAGUUCACAUUUGCCUUGGACAUCACCGUUAAUGCUGUCAGUGAGGCCUCCUUCACCAGGAUCCAGCAUGGCCCUCCCACCUUCAAAGGCAUUCAAGCCGGGACAUCCUUUCACCUGACCUGUCCCGAUAUCCGAGGGGACUAUGUCUUCCUCAACUGGCAAGACCCCAAGACGAGCAAGUUCAAGCUGUUGUACACACAUGAUUCUUGGAGGGGCAAGACGUGGAUCAAUCCAGAAAGCCAUGACCUCCAGCUGGCCGGCACACCCUCCAACCCUGAGGCAGGCAGCUUCUCAUUCAUCCACACACCGGGCCUCAAAGACGGAGGCGUCUACAUCUGUGAUGUGCUUUCCAAUGACAGUAUAUUAAGCCAGAGGACCCUGCUGAUCGUUUUGAAAGUUAUGGGCCUGCAUUUAGGUACCAAGUUGCAGUUGGAGUGCCUGUACAACGAGGCUUCUCAGGUCCAAUACGCCAAGUGGGAGUACCAGAAUAAGAGUCGGCUGUUACGGUCGAAGAGCAGCAGGCCCGGCAAUGUUACGACCACUUUGCCCUUACCCGUCACAACCGACAUGGAGGGCAACUACACGUGCACCUUACAAUUUAAAAACGGCCAGACUAUCAGCGCCAGGCAUUCCGUCAAAAAGAAAGAGAUCGUCCCUGCGCCCUCUUCUUCCCUCCACCUCCUCCUCCUGACUUUAUUACUUCUGGUGCUCCUGGUUGCCGCCGCCACGGCUGUGUUGCUAUGGCGACAGAAGCGCAUCUCCCGCCGAGGUAUUGAGCAGUCUUUGUCCGUUCAUUCAGGCGAGACGGAGAACAUCUACGAGAAUCCCGAAGAUGUCAGACAGGCUCUUCCACCGGGGUCAGUCUAUAUGGAUUUAAAGCCAAGACAAGUUGACGUUUACAAGGAACUAGAGCGCUAA